CCCGCCCCCCACGCGUCGUGUCGCCGGGAAGCCGGGAGGAGACCGAGCGCUCGAGCUCCACGGCGCUCGGCCCGCAGUCCUCUGACCGCGCGGAGCAGAGCCAGGUGGCGCCGCCCGAACCCGGAGCCGCGACCGUCCCCGACCGCCUUUGUCUGGGAGCGUGCGGCCUGGAAGCGCGGCUCUCGGGGUCCCGGCCCGCGGCCACAGCGCCCGGUGACAGCUCUUCCCUCCCGGAGGGCUCCGGGACGGAGGGGCGGUGGGGUCGGGCCCUGCUCGCCCGCGCCUGCACGCCCGAGCGCGCGCCCCGAUGCCCCCGCAGCAGAGGGACCCCGCAUUCCCCGGCAGCUGCGAGGCGCCGCCCGUUCCGCCGCGCCGGGAGCGCGGGGCGCGCGGGGGGCGCGGGCCCGGGGCGCCUGGGGGCCGGGGGCGCGCGGGCGGUGCCGAGGGGCGCGGCGUCAAGUGCGUGCUCGUCGGCGACGGCGCUGUGGGCAAGACCAGCCUGGUGGUGAGCUACACCACCAACGGCUACCCCACCGAGUACAUCCCCACCGCCUUCGACAACUUCUCGGCUGUGGUGUCUGUGGAUGGGCGGCCUGUGAGACUCCAGCUCUGCGACACGGCUGGACAGGAUGAGUUCGACAAACUCAGGCCUCUUUGCUACACCAACACGGACAUCUUUCUUCUGUGCUUCAGUGUGGUGAGCCCCUCCUCCUUCCAGAACGUCAGUGAGAAGUGGGUGCCAGAGAUUCGAUGCCACUGUCCCAAAGCCCCCAUCAUCCUCGUGGGGACUCAGUCGGAUCUCCGAGAAGACGUCAAGGUCCUCAUCGAGCUGGACAAAUGCAAAGAGAAGCCAGUGCCCGAAGAGGCGGCCAAGCUGUGUGCUGAGGAAAUCAAAGCUGCCUCUUACAUUGAGUGUUCAGCCUUGACUCAGAAAAACCUCAAGGAGGUCUUUGAUGCUGCCAUCGUCGCAGGCAUCCAGUACUCGGACACUCAGCAGCAGCCAAAGAAGUCCAAAAGCAGGACUCCAGACAAAAUGAAAAACCUCUCCAAGUCCUGGUGGAAAAAGUACUGCUGUUUCGUAUGAUGCCGGCCGGGUGCCUGACUGGUGGACUUAGACGGCGUCCGCGGUAGAAGCUAUAUUAGCUGAAGGACCCCUGUCAUCGUGUAGGAGCCGUAGAGACAACGUGCGCACGCACGUCUGUGUAUGCGUGUGUGUAUGCAUGUGUGUGUGUGCACGCGUGUGUAUCAUAGCUGGAGUCUCAAUUUAUGUCUUCUCUCUUGUCUUUGAUAUUCUUGUGUGUUUGAGCUUAGGGACGAGCUAAUCAUUAAUUACGCAAGAUGUUUUUGAAGUCAGUGGAGCAUUUUUCGUUAACUCUGGAAACAUAGAGCUCUAGACCUCUGCAUUAAUUUAUAUCUAAUUUGAAAAAGAUGCCUCCAAUCUGGGUGUCAAGAAUGAAAUCUUUUUUUUUUUUUUGCUGUGUUUUAAUGGACC